CUUGUAUCAACGAUUGCCUCCUUCGCGGAUUUGCCCGGAACAUGCGGAUGCCGGCUUAGCAGGCAACCUCGACGGACCCCAGGGAGAGCCGACAGAAAAAGCCAUUGAAUCUUCGAAGCAUCAACCUGACGUCCUGAGCCGCUGAGCCUCUCAAUCGCAAAACUCUGUAACAACAUUCACCAUGGUUCUCACGCACUCCACCAACCACACCUACUCGCAUCCCUUCCCGACCGUCACCCUCGCCUACUUCCUGCGCUACUCCUCCCCUCAGCUCAACCCCUUCGCCGCCCACGUCCUCAGCACCGACACCAUCUCCAGCCAUGUCGACCCGGAGACCCAGCGCCUCUACACGACGCGGAUCCACCUGAAGAAGAGCCGCAUGCCGAGCGCAGUGUACAAGCUGCUACCCGCCAGCGUCUCUGGUGGCACCUCCGGCGAGAAGGCCUCUUACAUUCUCGAGACCAGCGUGGUGGACAUCAAGGAGGGCUGGAUGAAGACGGAGAGCCGCAACCUCAACUUCACCGGCGUGCUGUCCGUCGUGGAGAAGCAGCACUUUAAAGUCCCCAGCUCGGCUGAGGCCGUGGCCAGGAACGAGACCGACGUCAACUCCAGCGUCAUGUUCAAGUCGCGGCUCGGCGAGAAGAUCAGGGGAAAGAUUGGCCAGGCCCAGCAGGAGAGCAGCGGCUGGCUGCCCGGAUUCCUCGGCGGGCUCGGCGCAAAGGGCAUCCAGCGCAGCAUCGAGAGCCUCGCCUCCACCAAGACCAUUGACCAGCUCAGCAAGAGCCGCGACGGCAUGCGGCUUGUCCUCGAGCGGCUUCGCAACGGCGGCGUCAUUGGCGUCAUGGAGAAGCUCCGCCAAGAGCGCCAGAGACAGGCCGCUGCCAUGUAACAACAACCAACGUGUACGAAUGAACAUCGCCCACACGCAACACCAGCCCUCAUGAUGACGGACUUUGUACCCCUACCUGUAUAUUACCACUCUUUCCCUUUCCUGUUUCUCCCUAGCAAGGCGCUGUGUUUGUAUUUCUUUAUUCGGCGUUUAUCAUUUUUUUUUUCACGGGCGUCAUGAGGGCCGCGGGAAUUGGCCAACGGGGAGAUGCGUGCUGUUGUCGGUGUAGCGGAGGAAAUCCAUGCGGACAAGGACAAGGUCACGCAGUAGGGAAAACGUGUGACAUCCCCUCUCUUGCAUUGAGUCGAGAACUCAGAAAUAGCAAUACA